AUGGGUUCAUCAAAUAGGCAUUGGCCAAGCAUGUUCAAGUCCAAGCUCUGCACUACCACCACCACCCACCACCAAUGGUUACAUGGCAUCAACUCCUCUAUCAUGUCAACCGGCUGCCAAAAACCGACAUAUACAUCAGCUCCAUCUUCUUCGUCUUCCUCUUCAGAUAAAUCUUCUACUAAUUCAACAGAAAAGGCCAUUUCUGUUGGUUCUACUACUGUGUUAACUGCGUCAACUUCCCCAACUUCUUCACUGAAUCAGCACUUUUUUCAAGCUCCGAGUGAUUUGAUAGCAGAUCCCUUCUUUUUCCCCGUGCAACAAGGACCCACUGCUGCUUUGCCACAAGGGUUUUGCUUUCCUAAUGUUGCAGAUCAGUCUAAUCUUUUACUCGGUGACUUUAUGUGGAUGAAUAAAGGGGCUUUGAAGAAAGCUGAAGAUGAGAAGAUUAAACUGCAGCAACAGCUAUGUCACGCUGUAGCCACGCCACCGACCUUUACUCAAACCAUUGUUCCUCCGUCUUUCUCUGUUCCAUCGCCAAUCAAUCCCAUUCAAGGAGUAGGCAAUUCCGUUCGAGUACCUAAAAGGUCAAUAGUAUUUAUCAAUGAUGCAUGCUUCGAGGUAGCGGUGGGACCCUUCAAUGUUAGAGAAACAUUCGGUGAUGACGCAAUACUUGUACACUCCUCUGGUCUUCCGAUACUCACUGACGAUUGGGGAGUGACCCUUCAACCUCUGCAAGAUGGUGGUUUUUAUUAUGUAGUGCGCUCGUUUACUUCAUUUCCAUAUGAGUGA